GAACUGCUGUUUUGAGGUCCAUCCCAUCCUCGCAGACAACAGGGAGAAAACGCAUUAGCAGCCGUCGAAGAAACUCUCAUUUUCCACUGAGUGGCAUUUGAGCUGAAACCAAUGAAAAUUCUCUAAAUCCUAAUAACUAAGACUGCUCAAGCUUGUGACUUGGGGAAGAGAGGAUGUUCCGCUUGCGGGCAUUGUCGGCGGUUUCAGUGGGUAUGGUGCAGUUGUGCCGACGCUACCACAGUGGGGCCAUGCGGGGCUCUGGCCGGCGGAGGCUGAUGCUUGCAACCCUGGCUGGAGUGACUGGUGUGUCUGCUAGUGCUGGGCUGCUCUGGACAAGAGCAUAUGCAGAUGCAGGGCCAUCCGUCCGUCACGCUGAGCAACCAGAGAGAGAGGAAGCUGAUUUUGUGAAAGAUCAAGAGCCUGACACAGAGUCAGAGAAAUCGGUGGAGGCCAGCAGUGGAGAUGAGGAGGAAAAAGAAGGUGGCGGUGAGGGGAAGAAGAAGAAACCACGCUCUGGAUUUCGUGACCGCAAGGUGAUGGAGUAUGAGAACAGGAUAAGGGCCUACUCGACUCCAGACAAGAUUUUCCGCUAUUUUGCCACACUGAAGGUGAUCAGUGAGCAUGGAGAUGCUGAGGUCUACAUGACACCACAGGACUUUGUGCGCUCCAUCACUCCCAACGAGAAACAGCCUGAGAACCUGGGCCUGGACCAGUUCAUGGUGAAGCGCUAUGAUGGAAAGGACUUCUGGCAGACGGAGAAGAUCGCCCAGGAGAGGGAGAAGUUUGCAGAUGAGGACAGUAUCUUCUACACACUGGGGGAAUGUGGCCUCAUCUCCUUCUCUGACUACAUCUUCCUCACCACUGUCCUCUCCACUCCCCAGAGGAACUUUGAGAUUGCUUUCAAGAUGUUUGAUCUGAACGGUGAUGGAGAGGUGGACCUGGAGGAGUUUGAGCAGGUCCAGAGUAUAAUCCGUUCCCAGACCAGUAUGGGCAUGCGGCACCGUGACCGCUCCACCACAGGCAACACGCUGAAGACGGCUGGCUGCAGCUCGGCUCUCACCACAUACUUCUUCGGCGCUGACCUGAAGGGCAAGCUCACCAUCGGCAGCUUCUUGGAGUUUCAGAGGAAACUGCAGCAUGACGUGCUCAAACUAGAGUUUGAGAGGAAUGACCCUGUGGACGGCAGAAUUUCCGAGAGACAGUUUGGUGGCAUGCUGCUGGCCUACAGUGGGGUCCAGUCUCGCAAACUCAAACAGAUGCAGAGAGGCUUGAAGAAGAUGUUUAAGGAUGCACAGGGCAUCACAUUUGUGGAGGUGGAGAAUUUCUUCACUUUCCUCAAGAACGUGAAUGAUGUGGACACAGCCCUGAGUUUCUACCACAUGGCUGGAGCUUCCAUAGAUAAAGCCACCAUGAAGCAGGUAGCCCGCACUGUGGCCAAGGUGGAGCUGUCAGACCACGUGUGUGAUGUGGUUUUCGCUCUGUUCGACUGUGAUGGGAACGGUGAGCUUAGUAAUAAGGAGUUCAUAGCCAUUAUGAAGCAGCGGCUGAUGCGUGGGCUGGAGAAACCAAAGGACAUGGGCUUCACUCGGCUGGUGCGAGCCAUGUGGAAGUGUGCCCAGGAUACUGCCUGGGACUUUGCCACACCCAAGACGCAGUAGAUAGUGGACGGAUGUGUGUGGGGUGCGGGAGAAAGACUGUGCGACAAAGCAACAACACAAGCAAUGUCAAAAGUGUCCUCCUCCAGAAGGUCUCAAGGAUUUAAAUAAACAAUUAAUGCAAAGAACUCAAUAAGACUGCGGCGCCGAGACGCACCAUCCGUCAUUCACGCAUGUCAGUGUGGCUAGAGCUUUCGAUAUAGUGACUGAAGCAUGCUGACACAGCACAGUGUGUCCUGAGAUGCUUUCCCAAUGCGUUUCCUGGUCCAAGGCAUCAUUGGUAUUUGGACUUUGUAAACUUGUACAUUUAUUUUUGCCACAUCCUAUGGAGGAAUGCAGUGCCAACAGCAGGCCACCACGCAACCAGCAGUGAGCCUGUCCCAAACUAAGUACAGCACUUCGGUAGAUGAAGCCUAGUUGAGGUGAUUUAUUCUUUGACUGCAAACGGCAAGAGAAAAAACUCAAUCAAAUUUGACCUUCAGCUGUAUAAAUGCUGCAGUAUGUUACCUCCGUAUUUGGUAUGGAUUGGAUAGGACGGUAACUAUUUCUGUGGUGGGGCAGAGUGAUGGCCGCUGGUAAUCUUGUUAGCACCUCAUUAUUCCUUACUCUUGUUCAGUCUGCUCGCUCUAGCUGAAUCUUUAGUCCUAUUAUCUUGGACCAUAAGGGAUCAACGAAGCCUGCCUUGCACUACAAUUUACUCUUCAAAGUGUGUAUACUCAGUUGUCAUUCCUGCUCACUGAAUGACUUUAUGUAAGAUGGAUAUCAAAAGAAUUACUCUAUUAAAGGUGUUUUAUUAACAAACAAA